GCUUGAGAAGCCAUUGUUACAACAAGAUGGCGUCGACAGGGAGUAGCGAUGUUGAGAACGAAGAAGAGAAUACAGACCAAACUUUAAGCCCUAAAAAGGUCGGCAGAGCAGCUGAAUAUCCUGAAUUUGCAAUCAUCUGGUCAUACUUGGAAAACUUUUGCGAGCUGCUUCGCUUUCCAGAGCUUAGUUUGGACGGUUUAGAGGAUGCUUUUAACAGCCAUUCGCCUCGUAACGAAAAUUGUAGACAACUGGAAUAUCUACACAAAAAAUUACUUGUGAAGCUGAAUAGGAGAUUCAGACCUGAUAAAUGGGAGAAAGCACUGUUAAAGAUUGCUAAGGAGCAAAACAUGUUAGUCUCUUGGGAUUUGGAAAACUUUGGCUAUGAUCAACUGAAAAUAGGCACAAAACUUGAAUUAUUUAAGAUGCUUCUCGAGUGUCAGUUUGAUACUAACAAUAAGUURAAGACAGUCAUCAAUAAGAGCUAUGAAGCAGAUGAACUAAGACUUACACCAUUUGGUCAUGAUAUGGAUGGUUUACUCUACUGGUUCCAUAUGGAUGAAUCAGGAGGUGUCAGAUUGUACUCUACUGAAGAAGAUGAAGUUGAAAAUGAAUCAUGGAAGUUGCUUGCAUCAGACCUUGAAGAGCUUGAAAAUGUGAUAGAAUACCUGAUUAUUAAGUCUGAAACAAACCCUAAAGACAUUGUGUUGGCCAAGAGAGAAGAAGAGCGGAAAAAGAAUGAAGAAAAGACUAAAACUUCAAAGAAGGGAAAGAAAUCUAAAAAAGCUGCUGCUAAAGAAGAAGAGGAUGACAAUCCAUGUGCACGAUGUUACUCCAAUGUCCAGCCAGACUCUGUAAGUAUUACAGUAGUGAACCUUAAAGAAAGAAAAAUGACAGGCUUGUGACUGUCUCCCUAUCAU